AUGAAUACCGACGCAUCCGUGGCUUCUUCCUUCGAUCACCACAGGGAGACGGAUAGACGAGAACAUGAAGGAUCAGGGAGACACGCCCCACACGGGAAAUCUUCACCUCCUGUGAGGUCUCAGUAUCCACAGUCGAAUGUUCAAAGUUCAACAGUCUCAAAUGUCGCUGACACGUGUAAUGUAGGUAGUAGACAUCCAACGGGUGAUCCUUCCUUGUCAGCAUCGCGAACAAGUGGAAAGCCUAUUUCUAAUACGGGUAGGAGUUAUGGAAGUGGCGGGGACCACACGGUGUAUCGAGAUCCCUAUGCUAAUGGCUAUGCUGGUAGUAGUACAGGCAACGCCGUCACUCCUUCUCCGCCAUGUAGAAAUACGAAUAGAACCCACGAGGGGGGAUUAGAUGAUCCCCCAACAGCAACUGCAGUGGAAGUAACAACAACAACAACAGUGAGGGGUGGUACAGCUGCGGUGACUGACACUGUGCCCAAUACAGAUAAUACAGGAAUGGUGACAAGUGAGAACUGUGAGAGGGAUAAGGGGUCUGAUGGGAUACCUUCUGCCUCUUGUGUUAGGACGGCGACAACAAGUUCUACAGGCAAAAAAGAUGUUUCUUGUGAAGGCCAAGUUGGGGAUUCCGAAAAACUCUCAACUGACACUAAAAAUGUAGCUGGGACGGAAAGCAAUGAGAAUAGAACGCGAGAAGAUAGUUCUCAAACUACAGCAACAACAACAAUAGGUAUGGUAACAGAACAACAACAACAACCAAAGUAUCCACGGCAUCAACAGUCAAUGUAUGUAGAUCCGAACAGAGAAGGACAUUCUAGUAUAUCUGCUAAAGGACACUCCAUACAUGUCUCUAAUACUACCACCAGUACAUCAGCAUCAGCAGCAGCAGUAGCAGUAACAACAACAAAUAAUAAUAAUAAUAAUAAUAAUAAUAAUAAUAAUAAUAAUAAUAAUAAUAAUAAUAAUAAUAAUAAUAACACAAGUACUACAGCUGCUGCUACCUCUAUGGGACCUGCUGCUUCUACAACUGAUGGAACUACUGUGGUGAAUUACGUUCGUCCUGCUGUGGCUCUCAGUGUCCAUUUACUAUCUCUCUACAAGAAAGUAAAUGAGAUGUACUGCCGCCAGCGUCGAAUAGAAAUUCCAGGACCAAAAUAUAAUAAUGGUUUUGAUGAUAAAGAGGGUCACUAUCUAGUUCUCUCCGGUGAAGAAAUACUUAACCGGUAUACUGUUCAGGAGGUACUUGGAAAGGGUAGUUUCGGUACUGUCCUCCGUUGCUAUGAUGAAAAGCGACGUGAGAAUGUAGCACUAAAAAUCACUCGUCAUGGACUAAGUUUUCGUACACAAGCUAAGCUAGAACUUGAUAUUCUGCUUAAACUGAAUGUUAAUCCACAUCUUAAUCAUUUAGUUGUUAAAUUAUUAAAGGUAUUUGAUUGGCAGGGUCAUCUUGUUCUAGUAUUUGAGCUAUUAAGUUUUAACUUGUACCAACUCAUUAAGUGUACUCGAUACAACGGUGUGACACUAGAUUUAGUCCGAAAGUUUGCCUAUCAGCUUGUACAAGUUCUCUACCAACUGGAGCAAACGAAACCUAGUCCUAUUAUCCAUUGUGAUAUUAAACCAGAGAAUAUCCUUCUACGAAAUCAGAACCGUAGUGGUAUCCGUCUCAUUGACUUUGGUUCUGCGUGCUAUGCCAACAAGGUGAUUCACAAGUACAUCCAGAGCCGCUACUACCGCAGUCCCGAGGUGAUAUUAUACCUCGAGUACGGCACGGCGAUUGACCGCUGGUCGCUGGGCUGCGUGCUGGUGGAGCUGCACACCGGCAUGCCGCUCUUCGACGGCCGCACGGAGGCCGCGCAACUCGCCCGCUUCGAGGCGAUGCUCGGGCCGCCGCCGGCCGACAUGCUUGAGAUGUCCCCGAAGCGGGCGAAGUUCUACGACUCCACCGAACGGGGCUUCCGCCUGCGCGAGCCGCCGCUGCCCGCCCGGCCGCUGGAGAGUGUCAUUGGCGUCACCACCGGCGGACCGCGCGGGGCCCGCAGGGGACAGCCCGGCCACAGCGAGGAGGCCUACAGACAAUUCCACGACUUUGUCAGCAGACUCCUGCAGUACAGACCAGCAGACCGUAUGAGCUGCCAUGACGCCCUGCGGCACCCAUUCUUGGAGCCCAUGUGGACAGCAGACCAACACCAACAACAACAACGGGCACAGCACAUACACCAACAACAACAACAGCCACAGACACAGGCACAACUACAUCCACCAGAAGUACAAGCACAUCAAGUCGCACCUCCUCAGACGCAGUAG